GAUAGUUUUAAGUUCUUUGCAGAUAUUGAGAAAAAUAAACAGCACAGAAAUAACAAUUCACUUUUAACAAAUAGCUUUAUCCUUUUUAAAUCUCCGCAUUGUGAAAGUAAGUCCCGAAGAUAAGCCUUCGAAGCUUUCAAUAAAAUCGAGCUAAAUCAGCUUAAACGAAACAUUUUGGAAACCGGUCUGAUCACUUUCGCAUUCGGAUGAGUCAGGGUUCAAUUUUUGGAUGCUUUCUCACCUGAUCACGGAUAUAUGCGACUUUCAACUGGAAAAUGGGAGCAUUGGUUUGCGUGGCCUUGUUUCCGAGCGUCAUUCAACCGAGUACCGACCGCCGAGUGCCGACUAUCGCUGUAGCCUAACCUAUACCGCAGUUGUACAUCGACUUUCGUACGCCGUGUACGUGAAAUUGGGUAAUUUCGGCGCGGAAUUCGCGAGUGAAGUGUUGUGUUUUUAUUUCGGAUACUUAUCAAUCUGGAGCGAUACGUUUCUGUGAGAUCUUGCGUGUGGAAUGCAACGAUGACGAUCACUGUGAAGACGGCGCUGCUCUGCGCUGUCUUGCUGUUGCUGCAGCAAGCAAGCGCCGAGCUUCACGGAAGAUGUCCGGCCCAAGAAAAUCCGUGCCCAUCCCGGGCGACGCCGUGCAGCACUGAUGAUGAGUGCGGGGAACAGGUGUGCUGCCAGACGUCCUGUGGACAAACCUGCGUGGAUCCCUUGUACACAGGUUGUGAAAACAUAAAACUGUCAUCUGAACGGAUUUCUCGAGCGUUGGCAGCGGAGAACAGCCGGUCUGGUCGAGGAGUGAAGUCACUGAGGUCGCCAAGAUGCAGGGUAUCAGACGGAGAAUUCGAGGAGAUACAGUGUGACAACGAGAUAGUCAGCUCAUGUUGGUGCGUCGACCCCGCGGGCUUCGAGGUUCCUGGUACUCGCGCACCAGCAGCGUCCCUCGUCAACUGCACCAGAACAGACCCCUGCGCGGCGCACACGUGCCGAAUGCUCUGCCCUCUUGGAUUCGAGCUGGACGAUAAAGGAUGUCCACUGUGCAAGUGUAGAGAUCCUUGCUCGAGUGUCACGUGUCCUGGCCAACUCUCCUGUCAGCUGGAGGAGACUCCGUGUCUGAGACCGCCGUGUCCACCGGUUCCCACUUGUAAAAGAGGUCGCAGUCUUCAAAAUGUGUGCCCAGUGGGAGAGCCACUCCUCAUAUCGGAGACGAGCCGGCCUUUCCUGUGCGGCACAGACCCAGGCAAACCCAACUGCCCACCCCUGUAUAGAUGUCUGGUCGAGUCAGGAAAUGACUACGGCGUGUGCUGCCCAGCUUCAUUAGAACUGCAGAAAGCUGGAACAUGCCCUGUUCCAACGGAAACUGACUGCGGGACACCAUGCGCUCACGACCUGGAGUGCCCUUCUAUGCAGAAAUGCUGCGACGGCGGAGAAUGCGGCCGGCAUUGCAUCCUGCCCCACAACGUUACGAUGUGUACCCAGCAAAAGAUGCUGGCGGAACUGCUUGUGAUCAGCGAAAGGGAAGGAAGAGGAUACGUGCCGCAGUGUACCAGGAAUGGGGAGUUUGUGGCUAAGCAGUGCUCUAGAAACGGAUUGGUUUGUUGGUGUGUAGAUACUGACGGUAAUAAACUGCGUGGUUCAAUGGGGCCAGCUGCAAAUGUAGAAUGCCAGGAGACUCCUCGGCCAGUCAGGACAGGGGGAAGAAGCAUGGCGUCAUGUGCCAGAGCUCUGUGCGCUGGAGUCUGCGAGUACGGAUACAAGAGUGGCACGGAUGGGUGCCCAAGCUGCGAAUGUGACGACCCUUGUGAAGGUUUUCCGUGCGAUGAAGACGAGGAGUGCGUGAGGGUUAGAGAAGCUGAUUGUACUGGGGAGCUGUGUACUGGAUAUCCUGUGUGCCGUCCCCGUGUUUCAUACGAGAACCCUUGUGAAGUCGGAGUACCAGCGACAGAUGAUGAAGGUUCUGUGGUCGCUUGCGGUUCAGAACAGGACUGUCCGGCAAAUCACAUCUGCUCCCUUACCAGACGAAGUGGCGGUUCCGUGUGUUGUCCAGAUGUUCUAGCUGAGAAUUCAACUGACAGUGAAGUUAUUGAAGUAAAAGAGAUCAAUUUCGAGACAUGUGGCACGGAAGCGGAAGCAAUGUGUGCACUAAAUUCAACAAUGAGCUGUUUGGACGGGAAUUGUGAGGAUGGCUGGCUAUGCUGCUCUACAUCCAACUGCGGACCCAUCUGCGUGGACUCAGACAAGUUGAGGCUCCAAGGAGACAGGGUUGACGACACACCCACCAUGUGUGAAUAUCUUCGCGAUUUCGACGAGAAGAUGGAAGGUACUGUGGAUGGCAUGAAGCUGGCGCUUCCAGCACCAACCUGCAAGAGUGACGGCUCCUUCACAGCCCGUCAGUGUGGGGCCGGCCGAUGCUGGUGUGUGGACUCCUUUGGCGCUGAGAUACCUGACACCAGAACCAACAGUUCUAACAUUGAUUGUGAAAAAAUCCGCUCGGAUCUCACCUGCCUAGACCUGACCUGCCGCAUGGGCUGUGACUACGGGUUCGAGAUUGGGUCGGACCGGUGUCCUACCUGCCGAUGCCGUGAUCCGUGCGCCGGAGUCACCUGCCCUGCCGGACGCGCCUGCGCACUCGUCGAUGUCGCCUGCGACUCGGAUUACUGUCCACCUGUACCUGCUUGUUUACCGCGUAAAGGAGGACAGUGUCCGUACUUGGUGCCGUGGACAGGUUCGUGCGAAUGGUCUUGCCGCUCUGACACGGAGUGCGGCGCUGAUCAGCGCUGCUGUGCCACUGGCUGUGGAACGGCCUGCGUCACGCCACUGCACCACACCGCAUGCGAACAUCGCAGAGCACUAGCGCUACACACUGCUGCUGAGAAUGGCAGUCCUCCUGUUUGGAGUUGGGUGCCAAAAUGUCACGAGGAUGGUUCAUAUGAGACAGUCCAGUGUAAAGGAUCAGACAAAACUUGCUGGUGUGUGGACAAGGCUGGAAAUGAGAUUCCCGGCACACGCGUAACCAACUCGACACCACCCUGCGAUGCUCCUAUAGAAUGCCCACCAGCCCAUUGCGAACAUGAUGACGCGUGUACUCACGGAAGGCAGAUGGACGCCUCAGGGUGUCCAACAUGCACCUGCAGAGAUCCUUGCGCCGAAGCCAAGUGCAGAGACGAUGAGACAUGCGAGCUUGUGCCUGUUGAUUGUGAGGGAGAGACAUGUCCCCCGCUGGCUCGUUGCACUCCUAAGCCGCAGUGUCCGACAGGGGUGCCACUGCAAGCCCCGGACGGGUCGGGGGCGCUACGAUGCGGGCCCCGCGCCGCGGCCUGUCCCUCCACACACGCGUGUCGCUUCGCCCCGCACGACUCAGCGCCCGCUCUGUGCUGUCCGAAACCACGAACGGUUUGCUUCGAAAGCAAGAACGAAGGCGAUUGUUCUGGCACCGGUGGUCUUAACGUGACUCGCUGGUUCUUCAACCGCGACAGGAACCGCUGCGAGAGAUUCAGAUACAACGGAUGUUCCGGCAACCACAAUAACUUCAUCACCAAAGAGGAAUGUAACUCCGUGUGUCCAGUGGAAGGUGCAACAGCAAAAUUGACCAAACCGAAGAUGGAAUCCCAAUCGAUCCAAGUUUUAGAAGAACUAAUACGACAAAUGACAGCGUAUAAAGUAGACGAACUGGAUGAUGACUACGACAGUGUAGAAGACGAACCACAAUCAACUGAAGUAACGGACGCUGUGCUGACUGAGGUUGUGGAGCCCAAGGUGCUCGAGGUGACGAAGAAGGAACCCAUCGAGCUCACGGAGAAGUUAGUUUUUAGGACUAAAUGCCAGAUGAUGCGAGAUGAGAUUCAGAAUGGUAAAUAG